CUUUCUCAUAAAAUUUCUCGUCUCUCUCUCUCCUUCUCAGAUUCUCUCUUCGGGAGAAGGAGCCCUAAGGAUCUUUUCUCUCUCUCCCUUCUGUUAGGACCGACUCGAAGAAUAUCUUUAGAGAUUAAGUACUCUGUAGUCAAUCGAACCAGUGGAAGCGGCCGUGUGAGAAGAACACCGAUCUAAUUCUCUAAUCUGAUCUUUGAAGGCUCUGAACUUAAAAGAUUUGGUGUUGCUGCUUCAAGAGGGUUAGUCUACAUAGUAAGCAUCUGGUGGUAUAUCCUAUAGUAGCAGAAUGCCGAAAGAGAGAAGAGGUCGUUCUGUGUCUGUUGACAGGUCCAGGGCAUCUCCUUAUCCUUGCAGCAGUUCUAGUCGUGCCAGGCGGUCUUCAUCCAGAAACCCUUUAGAGCCUGUAGAAAAUGUAAAAGAAUGGGAAGAUGCCAAGAGGUCUUCAUCCAAGCAACCUUUGGUAACCCUGGAGGAUGUGAAAGAAUGGGAAGAAGCUAGAUGCCCUGUCUGCAUGGAACACCCUCACAACGCAGUACUUCUUUUAUGUUCCUCCCAUGACAAGGGCUGCCGCCCCUACAUGUGUGACACAAGCUAUCGCCACUCAAACUGUCUUGACCAGUUCCGCAGAGCAUUUGCAGAGACCCCAUCAGUGGUGCCACCGGAAAAUGAGGCUCCUCAGUUGAGCGGAGCCUCUCAGUCGUUGACGUCGGAAAUUGCUGCAAUGGAUGGUCAAAAUGAAGUGAAUGAGGAAGAGGAUCCUGAAGAGCAAAACCUGUUCUGUGAGGGGCAGUUGGAGACAAAGCUCCUGUGCCCUCUCUGUCGUGGGAAAGUAAAUGGCUGGGUUGUUGUUGAGGCUGCUCGCCAGUUCAUGAAUGUAAAAGCUAGGAGCUGCUCCUGUGAGACAUGUGAUUUUUUUGGGACUUACGCAGACCUCAGGAAGCAUGCGAGACUCGAACACCCCCUUGUGCGGCCUACAGAGGUGGACCCUGAGCGGCAGCGCAAUUGGAGGCGGCUAGAACAGGAAAGAGACCUUGGCGAUGUGGUUAGCACGAUUCAGUCAGCUUUUGGGGAUGAGAUGGGAAAUGAAUAUGUUAUUCCGUUCAGUGGAAGAUUGAUUGUCUUUCUAUUGUACCGAGUCCAAAAUGAUCCCAGUGCAAGUCGCAGCCCGUCUGCUGCCUCGAGAAUUCGAUGGCAGUCUGGUGCCUCGAGAAUUCGAGCACAGCCAAGGAGCAGAAGGCAAAUGACUCUAUGGGGGGAGAGCUACGAUAGCGAUAAUGUUUCUGCACCUAGAGAAGGUGACAACGAGACACUAGAAAGUAUGCCAAUUUUGUGGCAACAGCGAGAGAGGAGUCGACGACGACGAACAACACCAGAUAACGAGCCAUGACAAUGAAUGCCCAAAACUGAUCUUCCUGCAUUGUUCGUGGGCUGGUUUGGGGUCAUAAACUCUAGUCUAAAAGGUGGAGAAGCGAAGAGAAAGAUGGCAACUGGCAAGCCUUUUCUCUUCGAGUAGGGAAUUCAUUCGGCUGAGUGCUGAACUGUUCUUGCAUCUUGCAUUCUCACUCUCGCUUGAAGGGAUUUAGGAGUGGAGUAUACAUAAAAAAAAAGAAACAGAAGAAACCAAAUGGGGAAGAAGAACGUCCGUGGUUUGAGUUUUCUUUGUCACCAUUUUUUUCCUUUAAAUUUUUGGUAGAUACUUGUCACCAUUAAUUAUACUUUAUUUGAUCUACCAUACUCUUUAUUGGUGAUGUUGCCAAUAUCCGAAUGCUCUAUUUACCUUUAAACUGUUUAUGUCUGCACUCUGUACAAUAAAAUACGAAGUGGCAUUGGAAAUUAA